AUGACAGUCAGAGGCGCGACCCAGAGAGAGAGCCCGGAUGGCCAUGUUCUCUUCAUAGAAGAAGUUCGGAAACACCUAGGUGUGAGGGCCAACGCCGGCGAAAGUUCUUCCUUAGCCGAUACCACUGAAGCCCGCCCCAAGGUCCUCCUCAUCGGUCACGAUAUGCAUGACGAUUUUCGGAAGAUGAGACAAGACGGCAUCGAUCUCCAAAAACACUUCCAGUACUCGGGUUGCGUCGAUACCCAGGUAGUUGUCGAGGACACAGGUGCAAGCAUGGGCAAAGGGUUGAGCGAUCUGAUGUCACACUACGGACUGGCCAAGCUCGAGUUCAAAAAAGUAGGUUGCCCCAAAAUGCCAGGCAAAUGGGUUUUUGUGGGCGCCCACUGCUCGGGCAACGAUGCCGUCGCAGCUCUGGAGUGUCUUAUCGAUCAAACCUUCGAUCUGAGCCUAAGGACACCCGGCGACAAGGACUCCGUAGGCCUGGAAGAUCUGCCUGAAGACUGGUUGAAGAAGCCUCUCCAAGGUAUGAACAUGGAUUUGAUCCUGCUGAGCUACGACACCGAAGGCGUAGAGACGCCUAACUACAAACCCAAAGUCCUCAACCGUACGAGCGAGCACGGCUUCGCAUGGAUGCGCGUCGCCGACUUUGCCCAUACCCCGCCCGGAGACCAUGGGCAAAACUGGCGUUCCUUUAUCCGCGCACGACACUGGAUAAACCACGAUUUCCGCAACUUCUCGAAUUGGUUCUACUGCAUCGGCAAUCCGAAAGGCUUCUGGCCAAAGUAUGGCGAGUCGCAGUAUUACCAUGUGUCGGAGGGUCCUGCCCCGUUCCAUAAGCUAUUCGAGGAGCUGGCAAAUGCCACUGCUGGCGCUCUCAAAGGGCUUGAUACCGUCGAAGAAGUCACAGCGAUGCUCGAGCAGACAACACUCGAGGAGGAGCGCACACCGGCCGGUGGACGUAACAUGGCCAUUACCCGAGGCAAUGCGAACAAUGUUAGAGGAAACAUGACCAACAGCAGAAGCAUGCAGCCUCCCUUCCGAAGCAACGCAAAAAACAUCGGGGAGGAUACCGCGGAGAUUAGAGGCAAUUAUUCAAGCUGGGCAGAGAUUGCUGAAGGCAACGAAGGCAAGAAGUUCCAACAGCAAGGCCAGUGA